AUGUGGCAAGAAAGAAAUUUCGACGAAAAACCGAACCUCCCGAAAACACACGUGUCGAGCUUUCACGGCCCCUCGGCCGCUAGUAAAACCCGACUGCAGCCGAUUUUGUCCGGUGGGUUUGACGAGGUGGCGUCGGUUGUUCCUCCGGUGACGGUGGUGGUGGAGGAUGAAAUUUGUGGUAUUGAUCUAUCAAAUGCUGUGCCGGGGCAUCUGAUAGCGUAUGAGGACAUGGAAAAUGAUCUGCUUUUGGUCGGUGAUCUAAAUUGGAAGGAUUUUGUUAGGGUGGCCAAGAGAAUCAGAAUACUUCCGAUAAAGGCUAAAUCAAGAAAGCAAAAAGAUGGGGAGUCAAAUAUUUGA